CACCUCAUUAGAACAUUGAAUACAGAAGGCAGUGGGUUCAGUCCACCAAGCAAAGCAAAGCACAAAGCUGCCCAAGUGUCCAAGUCGCAAGUCCAAAGUAGUAAAUGAACAUAAAACCCGUAGCAAACUUCGCCAUUGUGUUGAUCAAUUUUCAUAGCCUUGACUAAACACCAGAUUGCAUAAAAAUCUACUCUUUAACAUUAUUGGAGUGAGAAAUUUUGUUUCGAGUUUACUUUCUGUAAUGCUUAACGUCUAUUGUUACUACUUGAUAUUAUCUCCAUAAGGAUUCUAUGAGAUAAAUUUGAUGACCUGAUAAGUGGGACCUAAAUAAUCAUGUAUUGGGCCAAUAACCAUGCUUCGUCCCCGCAUAUUGAGACCAUACUUCUCAAAGAGGAUCUCACACUCGAAGAGCUCUUCAAUGAGGAAAGCCUUAUCCAGGAGUUGAAAUCGCUCAACAAAAAGUUGAUUGAUUUCCUCACACGGCCGGACAUUCUUGAGGAGCUGGUGACGUACAUCACGACCGAACCGAGCGCCGAUCUGGACGAACGCGAACGCUACAAGCACGCGAACAUGGCCUGCGAACUGCUCACCACCGACAUCCCGCAUCUCAGCGAGAAGCUGAUGGGUGACGAACAGCUGUUGCUCAAGCUCUACUCGUUCCUCGAGAGUGAGCCGCCGCUCAAUCCGUUGCUCGCCUCGUUCUUCAGUCGAACGAUGGGCAUGUUCCUCACCCGGCGCCAGGAGCAAAACUGGUACUCGUACCAACUGACGUGCCUGAAGCUGCUGGACUUCUUGAGGAACAAGGAGACGUGCAUUCCGCUGCUGAUGAAGCACCUGGGCACGCUGGCCGUCAUGGACCUCACCCUCAAGCUGGCCACCCAGGUUGAGGACGAGGAGAUGCGGUGGCUGGACAAGCAACAGCUGAUCGACCUGGUGGUUGAGCUGUUGGAUCCGGCCGUGGACAGCGACCGGCACUCGAGUGCCUCUCAGCUGCUACAGGACAUUGUGCUCGGGUCACGUGACGCCCUGCUCAACGCCGACUCAAAGUCCGAAUCCAAUGUUAUACUAAAAACUAUUGAAUCGCCAAAGACUGUCGUUAAACUAUUAGAUUUGAUACUUAAAGGUGAAAAGUGUGAAAGUAGUAUUGUUGGAGGAAUUACGGUGCUUUUAACUCUCCUCGAGCCAGCCAACUCAAGAAUCCAAGUGUAUAAACUUUAUAGUCGUGUUGAUAAUAUUCAUGAUAAUUAUUGUAUUUGUGAAUUGCAGAAACCAUCACUAAAAAUGACCUGCGGAGUGGUUGAUCCUCCUUUCGGUAAAACUAGACUUCAUGUAGCCAAAUUAUUAGUAGCUCUAAUUGCGACCCAUAAUCCCAACAUCAACCAGUCAUUACAUGAACUUGGAACUAUUGGGGUUUUAUUGGAUCUAUUUUUCAAGUAUACCUGGAACAAUUUUCUGCAUACGCAGGUCGAAAAGUGCCUAUCAUUUGCUAUUAAUUGUGAUCUACUGAACUGCGAAGAAAUUAGUAAAGAAAACGUUUUACUUCAUGAUGUAUUUGUUACUUGCAAUUUGUUACAAAGAAUAGUUAAUACAUGGAAUGAAAAUGAUGAAGAACAAAAACAACCGGGAGGCUGUCGAAGGGGGUACAUGGGACAUUUAUUCAGAAUAGUAGUGAAAACAGGUGGUGGAGAACAUCCGGCUCGUGCCAGUACACAGGAUAGUAAAGACUACUCUGAUAUCUCACAAUAUGCUAAUGCUCAACAGCUUUAA